ACUUUAUAUUUCUAAGUUCUCACAGCAUCCUCAUCCUCCGUCCGCAAAACCCUAAAUUCACAACUCGAGUGAGAAAAAAAGAAAAGAAAAAAUCUUCACUCAAUGCCUCCGAAGUUCGACCCCUCGCAGGUGGUGGACGUGUUCGUCCGAGUCACCGGCGGCGAAGUCGGCGCGGCGAGUUCGCUGGCUCCGAAGAUCGGUCCCUUAGGUCUGUCUCCGAAGAAGAUCGGAGAGGACAUCGCGAAGGAAACCGCGAAGGACUGGAAGGGUCUCCGCGUGACGGUGAAGCUGACCGUGCAGAACCGCCAGGCGAAGGUGACGGUGGUGCCCUCCGCCGCCGCGCUGGUGAUCAAGGCGCUGAAGGAGCCCGAGAGGGACAGGAAGAAGACGAAGAACAUUAAGCACAACGGGAACAUUGCGCUGGACGACGUGGUGGAGAUCGCGAGGGUGAUGAAGUCGCGAUCCAUGGCGAAGGAUCUCAGCGGAACGGUCAAGGAGAUCCUCGGGACUUGCGUUUCGGUUGGGUGCAUGGUGGAUGGCAAGGACCCUAAGGAUCUGCAGCAGGAGAUUUCCGAUGGUGACGUUGAGGUUCCUCUUGAAUGAAGCUGAACUUUGUUUGUUCGUGUUACUCUUUUGUUUUCGCCAAUUUUGUUUUGUUUCUAAUUUAAAGGAAAUUGUUUUUUGUCCGACUCAUAGGAAUGGUAUGUUGGAAAAUGUUGGUGGCAUAAUGUUAGUGUUUGAGUAAUUUUUUAAUGGAGCUGCGAUAUUUAGGGGUUUUCUAACCCUUUCGCCAAUUUUGUGA